GAGAAAACGCGAAACUAGGGUUUGUCGCUAGGGUUUCUGAGUACUUUAGCUUCCUCGUCUCCUGAGAAAGAGAGUUUUCUCUGAAGGCGGAGGCGGAGCGCUGUAGCAGCAGAGUUAGGGAGAUCGAUGGGCAACUUCAGGUUUCAUCAGUACCAGGUGGUGGGUCGGGCCCUCCCAACCCCGUCGGAUGAACACCCCAAGAUUUACCGCAUGAAGCUCUGGGCUACCAACGAAGUUCGAGCUAAAUCCAAGUUCUGGUAUUUCCUGAGCAAGCUGAAGAAGGUGAAAAAGAGCAAUGGACAAGUGCUUGCCAUUAAUGAGAUAUUUGAGAGGAAACCAACAAAGAUUAAGAACUAUGGCAUCUGGCUGAGGUACCAGAGCAGGACCGGUUAUCACAACAUGUACAAGGAGUUCAGGGACACCACACUUAAUGGUGCUGUUGAGCAUAUGUACAAUGAAAUGGCAUCCCGUCACCGUGUCAGGUACCAUUGCAUUCAAAUCAUCAAGACGGCUACAAUCCCUGCUAAACUCUGCAAGCGUGAGAGCACCAAGCAGUUCCAUGAUUCAAAGAUCAAAUUUCCCCUUGUCUUCAAGAAAAUCAGGCCCCCUACCAGGAAGCUGAAGACCACCUACAAGGCCUCCCGCCCCAAUCUAUUUAUGUAGGAGAGAAAGCAGUGAGCACGUUCCCAAAUGUUUUCUUUUGGGUAUGCUCCAGAUUUUCUUCAUUUGGUGGAUUGUUGCAUUUUGUGAGUCUCUUGUUAAACAUUGCAAUUUACCUUUCUGUUUUGGGUAGGAGCUUUGUGCAAGACCUUCUUGGUUUUAGUUAAUUCGCUGCAAUUAUGGGUAACAAGUUAUUUUUCACUC